GUUCAUGGAAAGUUAAUUGGAGAUGAUAGUAAUACGAACGGGAACUGAUAAACACCGAUCCUCACUCCAUCCUACCCAAAUCUAAAUCCAACAAGCAGUGGUUAUCAUUAUCAUUGUGAGUAUGCUUUCUUUUCUAAUUGGCAAAAACAACUAACUAUUGAAUUUAUCUAUCAGAAUCAUGCUCCUCCUCGUACCCCUAGUCGUUUUCACUGGUAUCCACCCCGUCACUGUUACUGCGGCGGCGGUACCACCAGAGAUAAGACCAGCCGCUACAACGACAGCAACAAUAGCCCAUGAUGCAUUCAGGGGGUCAGUAUUCGAAAAGAGGAGGUUUGAAGGAGCGAAUGCUGUCCGUUUAAUGAUUGCUGAAGAACAUGAUGGCGACAGUGACUUUGGUGGGAAUGGAGAUCCAACCAGCAACGAUAUCGAUAUCGAUAUCGACUUGAUCCUCUCCAAUCCAAAACAAUCAUCACGAACAACAACCCACAAAAGAGCUAGCAAAAACCUACCCGACUACAAGGAACAAGAACAAGAUAGCCUACCCGAAGAUGAAGAAGACGAAGAAGACGAAGAGUAUUAUCAUGACACCCCGUCACUCGUUUCCGGACAACUACUCCUCCUCGCCUUCUUGAUAUUCAUCAUCAUAGGGAUAGUGCGGGGAUUAAGUUAACCCUUUCGAGUUCAUGAUCUACUUGACUGCAUUUGUGGUGGAUAGAAAGGAGAGGGAGGAUAUGAAGGUUGAUUGAUUGAUUCAAAAUGAAAGUUUUGCUGCCACGCAUAAAAGAGAGAAGAAAGAAGGCAUGGAUCUGAUGAUUGACUUGACUGGUUUAGUAUGGUAUGAUACCCCUCUUUUUAUUUAUAUGUACAUACAUAAUUCUACUUUCGGUAUUCACACUGCUUGAAUCCUGGCCUCUGGUAGUUUUUGCCUUCUACAUGUGGAUAGGACGGUUUUGGUUCUUUGCAUAGCUAUCUUGGGUAUCUCUC